UCAUGCUGCUGCCAGGUCCAGAGUGUGUCAUGGGUCCCUGUACGGCCUCCCAUUGCUGCUGUCUCCAUCACCACACUCUGCCAUGUGCCACUUUCAGGUCUCCUCACACUGCUGGUGGGUUCCAUUUUGUCAUAGGGUGCUGGCAGAUUACGGGCCUCCCAUUGCUGCUGCCAGGCCCGUAAUCUGCCAUGGGCCCCCGUACCGACUCCUCAUGCUGCUGCCAGGUCCAGAGUGUGUCAUGGGUCCCUGUACGGCCUCCCAUUGCUGCUGUCUCCAUCGCCACACUCUGCCAUGUGCCACUUUCAGGUCUCCUCACACUGCUGGUGGGUUCCAUUUUGUC